GCUGCCCCCUUCUCACCUUGACCCAGCACCUUUCUGCCCGACCAGUCUGCUCCCACCCUUCCUCACACUGGAAGCUCAGGGCGGACAACAAGGCCAAGAAGAAUGGCUCCAACAGCUUCAUGCACUCCAUGGACCCACAACUGGAGCAGCAAAUAGAAACCACCCAGAACCUGGUGGACUCCUACCUGGCCAUUGUCAACAAGACCGUGUGGGACCUCAUGGUUGGUGUCAUGCCCAAGACCAUCAUGCAUGUCAUAAUCAACAACGUGCAUGCACUGCCCCCUGGGGCCUCCUGUGGCACUGGAGAUGCUGAUGGCCAUGUUGGCCUGGGGGAGGUGCUGACCAGCCCUAUGGGACCAGGUCCAGGGAGGGAGACAUGGUCCAGACCAGAGCUGUCUUAUAGAAAUAUAACAUGGGACUGAGGACAGUGACCCAUGCCUGUAAUCCCAGCACUUUGGGAGGCCAAGGCAGGAGGAUAGCUUGAGCCCUGGAGU